AUGGAUUUCCCUUGUUCAUCUAAAGAAAAGGGGGGUUGUUUUUGGGCAUCACCUAGGGCUCAGAUUGAUGGUGGGGUAACAUUUGAUUAUGGAACAAGGGCUGCUGGACUGGAGGAUUCAUUUCAAGAGUUAAUGAGUUUUGACUCACAACCUGGGUGGUGCAAUAGUCCCAAUGCAACGGAUCAGAUGUUUGGCUCUUUUGCGUAUUCUCCCAUUAAUUCGAGCUAUGGGCCUUUUGAUGCUUUGAGUUUUGGAGAACACAGUGCAGGGGGUUUUCCUUUGGCAGACACUGAGGCCGGGGGAAAUUCUUUGGAUGGGGAUGAUAGAAUGAUGUGUCAAGAGCUAGACAGCCAGUUUCAUGUUCCUAUAGAUUCAGCUGAAGUUGAAUCCAUUGCUCGGAAAAGUAAGAGCUCUAGCCAGCAUAAUUUAACUGUAGAUGUUCCGAAUAUCUUGAUUUCAAGGCCGCCAUCUUUGACACUAGCAGAGAGGAUGCUAAAAGCAUUGUCUUUGUUUAAGGAAUCUGCUGGAGAGGGCAUUUUGGCUCAGGUUUGGAUUCCAAUGAAGGAUGGCAACAGAGAAAUCUUAAGCACUUGUGCACAGCCUUAUUUACUUGAUCAAGCACUGUCAGGGUAUCGUGAAGUGUCCAGGGCAUUCACUUUUGCGGCAGAUAUGAAGUCAGGUUCGUUUCUGGGGCUUCCUGGCCGUGUAUUUGCAUCCAGGGUUCCAGAGUGGACAUCCAAUGUGUUGUACUACAAUGAAGCUGAGUAUUUGCGGGUGCAACAUGCUCUGGAUCAUAAUGUCCGUGGUUCCAUUGCUCUUCCUGUUUUUGAAAGUGAUAGCCAGGAUGUUCCAUGCUGUGCAGUUCUGGAGCUUGUCACUAUGACAGAAAAGGCCAACUUUGAUUCAGAGAUGGAUAUGGUUUGUCGGUCCUUGCAGACGGUUCACUUAAGAAGCACUCCUCCUCCUCGACUCUAUGCCCAGUGUCUCUCAAAGAAUCAAAGAGCUGCUUUGACUGAAAUAACUGAUGUCUUACGAGCUGUAUGCCACGCUCACCGAUUGCCUCUUGCUUCGACAUGGAUUCCGUGUACUUAUACAGAGGGAGUUGGUGAAAAUGUAAAAGUUCGUGUUAGGGGAAGACCUACCCAUUCAAAUGAAAAACCUAUCUUGUGCAUUGAAGAUUCAGCCUGUUAUGUGAAUGAUAAGAAGAUGGAAGGAUUUAUCCAUGCCUGCAUGGAACACUAUCUUGAGGAGGGACAAGGUAUUGUUGGGAAAGCUCUCCUGUCCAAUCAUCCAUUCUUCUACCCUGAUGUGAAAGAUUACCAUAUAAGUGAAUAUCCUCUUGUCCAUCAUGCACGAAAGUUCGGCCUAAAUGCUGCUGUUGCCAUUAGGCUGAGGAGCACGUACACUGGGGAUGAUGAUUACGUAUUGGAGUUCUUUCUUCCCAUCAGUAUGAGAGGAAGUGCAGAACAACAGCUGCUACUUAAUAACCUCUCGGGUACCAUGCAACGGAUAUGUAAGACAUUGCGAACAGUGUCAGAUGCAGAGUUGAUGGGAGGAAAGGAAUCUAAUGAAGGUUUGGCCAACAGAUCAAUUCCUAAUCCACCUACAAUUGCUUCGACUGAUAAGUGCUCUCAAGAAUCCUUGUCUAGUGACAAUUCAGAUUCUGCUGAUCUAUUGCCCUUGACUGCUUCUGAGUCAAAUAUUGCGCAAGCGAGAGAUAGUAUUCCUAUUCGCCAGGCAAUGGAUGGACCAAAAAAGCAACCAGAGAAAAAGCGAAGCACUGCUGAAAAGCAUGUCAGCUUAAGUGUUCUCCAGAAGUAUUUUUCUGGCAGCCUGAAAGAUGCCGCUAAAAGCAUUGGUGUUUGCCCAACUACACUGAAAAGAAUUUGUAGACAACAUGGCAUCUCAAGAUGGCCAUCCCGUAAGAUAAAUAAAGUUAACCGCUCCUUGAAAAAGAUCCAAAGUGUCCUUGACUCGGUUCAGGGAGUUGAAGGGGGUCUGAAGUUUGAUCCAACUAGUGGGGGCCUAGUGGCUGCUGGAUCUGUAAGCCACAACCUCAAUCCAAGUGCCACUCUUUUCUCAGUUAAAAGUACUUCUCUCAGAAAUUCUAGUUCAGCUAGCCUAGAUACAACUUCAUCUCUUCCAUCUUAUUGUGUGGUUGGCGAGAAUUCUGUGGUGAAAAUGGAAGAGGCUGAUUCAGAGGCAAAUGAAAUUGAGAAAUCUGGCAUGCAGAUUGACCAAUCUUUCGAGGGAGUGAAUAAAAUGCGUACACCCACAGUACCAAGCUGCAGUGACACCAAACUUGCUGCAUUAGAUGUAGGGACAUCAUGGCCUCCUAGUCUGAAUUCUGUUCCUUGGUCCUACUCUGGGAGUGGGUUUCUGGAUUCUUACCCGAAAAAGAGUUUCAAUGAGGGGCUGAAUGAUUCCAAACAAAAGUCAGACAAGUCUGAUUCUCAGUUAUUUUCUCUGUGCUCAAGCUCCAUUGUUGCUGUUGAUGAGGAAACCAAGUUGAAGAGUGAGAAAUUAGGUGGUGAAGGAUGUCUUGAACAUAACCAGCCUACCUCCUCAAGCAUGACAGACUCAUCAAACGGAUCUGGAUCAAUGUUGAAUGGCAGCACAUCAAGCUCUAGAAGCAUUGCUGAAAAGAAGCUUUCACGAACUGAAACAAGUUUUGGUGACAGCAGUUCGAAACUCACAGUGAAAGCUACUUAUAAGGAUGAUACAGUCCGUUUUAAAUUUGAUCCUUCCUCAGGGUGCUUCCAACUUUACGAAGAAGUUUCAAAGAGGUUCAAACUGCCAUCAGGGACAUUUCAACUCAAGUACAUGGAUGAUGAAGAAGAGUGGGUGAUGUUAGUCAGUGACGCCGAUCUACAAGAAUGUCUCGAGAUUUUAGACUUUCUUGGUACUCGGAACGUGAAGUUUCUAGUCCGUGAUGCGCCUUCUACACUGGGCAGCUCAGGUAGCAGUAAUUGUUUUUUGAGAGGAAGCUAA